UCAGUGACGGACUCACCAGCUGCGUGGACAGAGUCGUGGCGCAGAAAGAGGAGAGAAGAGGUGACACGGAGGAAAAGCUGCAUAUAAACUGGAGGAAACCACACAAGAGAGAGGGAGGCGGGAUAAACAGAGCGAUCACAGAGGAGAGAGAAGUCAUUCAGAGCAGGGAGAAGGAGAACGCUGGUACAAUCAGACAAGGACUCAGAGAGAAGAAGGCACACGGAGAAGGCUUUCCUAAUGGAGAAAGAAGCCGGAGUGUUUGUACAAAGUGGAGAAGAAGAAGAAUAAAAAGAGGAGGAGACUGAACCUGACCAAGGGCUUGACUGAAAUAACAGAAGAGAAGGAGGAGCGUGAGGGCAAGUUGACAGAUUUGAUUUGGAGAGAGUAUUUUUAGAAAAGAGCGAAGACAUGACAGGAAUACUAAGAUAAGAGAUGCUCUCUCUAAGUCGCGGAGAAAAACUAGGGAGGAAGAGGGAGGAACGAGAGACGGAGCAAAGGCGGUGAGAGAUGUUGAGAUCAGAGUGUCACUGAGUGGAUUAGCCCUGCUCUGGUUUCCCAUAGAAAACCUCUGUGCAUGUCUGUGAAUAUGCAUGAAUGCCUUCUUUUAAAUGUGGAAGUGUGUUGUAUGUCUGCAACUGUGACAGUGGGGUUGAGAAGAUGAUCCAAAACUACUUGGUGGAUCCCUGAAGAAGCUAAUAAGACUGGCCAAAGCUGAAGAGAAUACAAAGUGAUAAUGCACAGUGGGACAGAAAACAAAUGAGCACUGAAUACCUCUAAUGAAUUAAAGCUUGUACUCAUUGCUGAAAAGAUUAAUAAUAAAGUCUGGCUGUACACCUCUGUGACCCUAAUGAGCUUUAAAACACAAAAUCAAAACUCCAAAAAAGGGGAAAGCUGGAACAAGGCAACCUCUGCUACAGCUGACCACACCAACGAAUCUCUCACCCCUAUCAUCUCAUUAUUUUAAUUAUCAUCCCUUUUUACAUUUGUUUUGAUCCUCCCUGCUUAGCCUAUUGCAUUUUGUAUUCUGUUUUUUUCUUUCCCUGUCUCCUCCUCUUCAUCCUAUUCUUUCCAUUGCUCUCUCUGUCUCGACAUCUCUUGCUCACUGUCACACUAACUGCCAUGAGUGCUGGACUCACUCAUGUAGAAGACGCCUUGCUUAGAGCACAUUUGCCUCUCUGAUUUCUCUCUUCUUUCCCAGCUGACUUGAGUGAUUGGAGCAAUUCUCAGACUGAGACUAGGAAAGAGGACCAACAAGUAGUUGCUGCUGCUGAAUGACGGGACGACAAUUUUAAACCACACAAUGUUAUUGUGAGGGUACAUUUCGAUGUGCAUGCGGCAUUAUUCUGGUUGUGAGUGCAUGGAUAAAUAAGGGGCAUACGGCCAAAACCAUAUCCAUGUGUGGAUUACUGUAGUGGAUUUCUCCUGGAGCUACAUGUUGACCCCAGUCCCUGAGGCCUGGCUAGGAAAUGAAGCCUCUCCUGCAGUCGUAGGAGCACUGUGGGCAGCAAUGGCCCUGCAGAGGCACUGUCUCCAGAGGGGAUCCCCAGCCAUGAUCAGAAAGGCUCACAAGCGACUUCACACAAAGCCAACAUUGGCUCAGGUCACAUCCACUCUGUUGUCAAGGACGCGUCUACACGGCCUGCGGCAUGUUUGUGUCCCCGGAGGCUCUGUUGGCCGCCGGGCCUUCUGGCUGCUGGCCCUGUGCACCUCCCUGGGGUUGCUGUUAUCCUGGUCCUCCAACCGACUGCUUCAUUGGCUCUCCUUUCCCACGUACACACGGAUCCACACUGAAUGGGCCAAAGAACUUGCCUUUCCUGCUGUUACUAUCUGCAACAACAACCCAAUUCGCCUCUACAAACUUACAAAGAGCGACCUGUACUUCGCUGGGCACUGGCUUGGCCUGCUGCUGGCUAACCGAACAGUGAGACCUAUGGUUCUGGACUUGAUGCAGGAGGACCAUCUGGCUUGGUUCAGAAAACUCUCAGACUUCAGGCUCUUUCUGCCACCCAGAAAUUUUGAAGGAACCAACCUGGAGUUUAUGGACAGACUGAGCCACCAGCUGGAUGAAAUGCUUCUGUCAUGCAAAUACAGAGGAGAGCCCUGCGGAGCUCACAACUUCUCCUCCGUGUUCACCAGGUAUGGGAAAUGCUACAUGUUCAAUGCUGCAGAGGAGGGGAGGACACUGCGCACCACCAUGAAAGGAGGGACAGGAAACGGCUUGGAGAUAAUGCUGGACAUCCAGCAGGAUGAGUACCUGCCAGUCUGGGGAGACACAGAGGACACAGCAUUUGAGGCAGGUGUGCGGGUGCAAAUCCACAGUCAGGCGGAGCCCCCAUUUGUUCACGAACUUGGCUUUGGCGUAGCCCCUGGCUUCCAGACCUUUGUGGCUACUCAGGAGCAAAGGCUGACCUACCUGCCUCCCCCCUGGGGAGAGUGUGAGUCCAAAGCUCUGGAGUCGGGCUUCUUUCAGGUCUACAGUGUAACGGCCUGCAGGAUUGACUGUGAAACUCGCUACAUUGUGGAGAACUGCAAUUGCAGGAUGGUGCACAUGCCUGGUGAUGCGUCCUACUGCACCCCUGAGCAGUACAAAGACUGUGCUGAGCCUGCCUUGGCUAAACUGUCGGCUGUGGAGAGCAGCAGCUGCAUGUGCAGGACACCAUGCAACAUGACCCGCUACAACAAGGAGCUAUCCAUGGUCAAAAUCCCCAGCAAGACCUCAGCGCGCUACCUGCAGAAGAAGUUCAACAAGUCAGAGAAGUAUAUAUCAGACAACAUCUUGGUGUUGGAUGUGUUCUUUGAAGCUCUGAACUACGAGACCAUCGAGCAGAAAAAAGCUUACGAGGUGGCAGGGUUGCUGGGUGACAUUGGAGGACAGAUGGGUUUGUUCAUCGGAGCCAGCAUCCUCACCAUCUUAGAACUUUUUGAUUAUGCUUACGAGGUGGUGAAAGACAGAUUACUGGACUUACUGAGUAGAGAGGAAGAAGAUGAGAGUCAUGCAGAGGAAGUGAGCUCCUGUGACCCGGUGGCAAACCACUCAGAAUCCAUCAGCCACACGGUGACGGUCCCCCUUCAGACAACGCUGGGCACCCUGGAGGAAAUUGCCUGUUGAAGCCCCCCCCUUCCUUCCCCUCAAAGCCAUGCAUAUACAGGAGCGAAGUAAAGUCUGCCUCCACCAGGUUUUGCUACAGAUCCUUAUUGUAGCAUCCUGCAAAAACCUUUAAUGCAGGGCAGGGAGGAGGCAAGGACUCGAGCAGGAGUUGGUCUAAGGACAGUGUUGUGCUCUGCCACUGCCCUGUGUCUGAGGACCUAAUGGGGAUUAAGGAGCUGUCAGCUGUAUUUUUCAGCUUUUUCUGGCACUCUGGGCUGUUGUAAGGGAUGGGGAGCCUCAGCUGUGCCAGCCCUUCCCUGCAGUUUCCACAUAUAUGCACAAAGAAUAUCAGAGACUGCGUGGGAAACGUCCCCAUUAAGGGGACUAAUUCUUCUGCAGUAUAUCUAUGUAAAAAUUAAAAAAAUGUUGAUAUGUUGCUCACUGCCAAAAUAGCUGUUAAAACUGUUCUCCAAACUGCAUGUGUUGAUCUAUCUUGCUCUCUUUGCUGAUACAUACGCUGGACUUGCAUCAUUACUGUACAUGUGUGCCAUUUUGUCUUUCUACCUGCAGGAAAAGCCUAUGCAAAGGGCCCAGGUAAAGUAUCAAUCUUUGAAUGUACAGACUGAACAGAUGGUUGUCAAAGAAGUCACCAAUCACAAGCAAUUGAUCAUUUGUUAUUUAAAAAUAAUAAGGUUGUAAGACACAUAUGUAGGCAUAGCGUUGAGAAGAAAAUAUAGGUUUUGCUUUUUCCCCAACAAAAACAGUCAGAUAUGAAUAUUCUUCUGCCCAUUUUGUGUUUCUUUCACCUGCUGUUUUCAGGUUAAUUGGUUUAACAGAUGGUAGGUUAGGUGUGUGACUCCUGUGGUUUUCGAGUUUUUUUUUAUUUUCACACCUCAUUGAAGGUACGCCAAACCUUAACUGCGAAAUACCGACUCUCGGCCCCUGCACUUUACCAGAGCACUUAGCUAAGUGACACAGUUUUUAAAUUAUUAGCUUGCUAAGCAAGGAGUUAGAUACACAACAUGGGGUUGGUUGGGCAUUAUUUUAUUAACAAAGUGUCUGGGAAAUGUUUUCGGUGGUUAUUAUUUUAUCAUAUGUUCAUUUACCUUUCUCAUCAACCAAAAAAUAAAAUCACAGACUUGACCAUUUUUACUAAUAUAAAAGUACAACAGAAGCAACAUAAGAAGGCAUUAUGAUUUAAUCAAGUGAAUUUGUUGUGUAAACUGUAAAUAACAGUUUGUAUUUUUUCCUUAUGAAAUGGGUACCCAGCAAACAUAUGUGAUGGAGAUCAAAAAGAGCUUUGAUGAAACGUUGACUACAGGUCAAGAAGUUGAUCUUUGACAGUUCUGCUCAGUCUGCAGUUCUCAGUAUGUUUUGUAUCAACCAGUAGCAUUUUGGAUUAGCUGAAUGUGUAAAAAUGAUGGUAACACUCUGCUAAGAGCAUCAGAUAUCCUUCAGACAUAUAAAUGGCUCUACACCAAAAGCUUCUUUGAGACUCUUGAGAAGAUUCCAUGUAUCUGAAUUUUCUAUCUCCAGUCCAUCAUCAUCCCAGCAUGGUCACCGUCAUCAAAAUAAUGUGCAUUGCAGGUAGGAAUGAAUUCAAGUGUAUGUCAAGUUUUGUGAGAUGGUUUGAAUUAUGAUUUCUCAUCUGUGUGGCGUAGCCUGCUGUCUCUGUGUACUUUCUCAUGUUGUGGCUUCUGACGAACACGGUCCUCUCCCAGCCUGAGGGAACGUGAGACUGAUGCUGCUCGCGGUGGCAACAGCACUGGCUGUUUCCUCUCACUUCUUUGGCUUCUGUUGUUACUGCAGGAAAGCGUUUUCUCAUUGUGUGAUGCAGCAUACAGUGUGUGUUUUUAGUGUGAAAUGAUUAAAUGAAAAAGAUGUUUUACAGUCA